AUGAGCCAGCCGGGGCGAACAUCCGGCAAGCUAGAGAUCAUCCAGUCCAAACCCCCCUUUACUGCCUUCCUCGACAUUGCAUCUCUCAUCUCUCCACCUUUACCUUCCCCACCCGCUUUUGUGCGACAAUGCAGCGCAAAGCGUUCAAACAGGUGCGCUAUAUCCUCGCAUGCCGCAGCUGACAUCCAGUUCAACAAGGUCACCCAGUGGACCAACGAGAAGGUCUUCUCGUCGACGGAAAAGACAAAAUUCUCAGAGGAGUUUGAGGAGUUCGAGGCCGAGCUCGAGCCGCUGUGCGUCGGUGUCGAGAGGCUGCAUACGACGUCGAACGCCUUCUACGAGGACAGCGUCAAGCUCAAGGCCAACCCUGACCCUUAUCCGUCGGGCGAGAAUGGCAAGGAGAAGAUGCGGCUAUCUGAGGCGCUCGGCCUGGUCAUGAUGGACUACGGCAACGACGCCGGUGGCGCUCUAGCCCGGUGCAAGCUUGCCGAGUACCAGGACGAGUUUAGCGCGCGGCUGUAUGAGCACUACGUUAUGAACACUGAGAAAGCGCUGAACUGCGUGAACGAGUACCGGACGUACCGAAAGAAGAUGGACUCGCGACGACUGACGUUGGACGCGAGCCUGACGCGACAGCGAACGAGCAAGAGGGACAACCCGGCGAUUGAGCAGGAGGUCGAACUGGCCCAGGAGCGCCUGGACGAGGCGGCCGACGAGACCAAGCUGCGCAUGCAGGCGAUCAAGGAGGAGCAGGAGAUGCAGUUCCACGCCCUCGCUGCUUUGCUCGACGCUGAGCUCGAUUACUUCACGCGCUGCAAGUCUGUCCUGGAGGACCUGCUCUCGGAGUUCCCGACGUCGUACGAGGCGCCGGCCGCGUCCACGUCCUCCCGCCCGGUGACGCGGCCGCGAGCUAAGUCAUCUGCGUCCGCCUCUGGUCGUUCAGCGGCGGCGACACCGAAGAGGAAGGACUCGGACGAGGACGAGACCCCGAAGAAGGAGCGGCCCGAGAUGAACCGCGCGCGCUCGGACAGUGCGUCCCGCAAGCGCAUCUCGAUCAUGUCCUCUCUCGGCAACAUUGGAAACAAGGGCAUGAAGGGAGGCAAGGCUGCCGCAUCGGUCGCGAGCAGCGCCGCGAGCAAGACGGCGUCGUACCGCCCAUCGCAGCGCCUGUUCGGACGCAGCGAGAAGAAGUACGCGAACAUGGACGAGGAAGAGCGGCGUGCGGUGUCGCUGGCGACUGACGACGAGGACUCGCGGUACGACCCGCCUGCGCGCACUCCCUCUCCGCCGAAGAGCCGUCAGCGGAGCCACAGUGUCGCUGCUGAAAUCCUUACGACGACGAACGGGGCUGGUCGGCGGCGAGCGCUCACAACGCCCUCAACGCCGGGCACCUUUGUCAAGGUGCUCUUCGACUUUGAGGGACUGGAGGCGGACGAGCUGCCGCUGCGCCGCGGGCAAAUCGUCGAGGUGCGCUCCGAGGUGAGCGCGGACUGGCUCAUUGGCGAGGCGGACGGCAUGACCGGCCUCUUCCCCAAGGCGUUCACGGAAGAGUACAUCCCCGAUCGCCCUGCGCUCCCGUCCCGACCGGGCAGCUUCUCCCACUUGCGGAACCACACACACCUUGGGGUUCCCGAUUCUAGCAACCGCAGUGUCAGAAGCGACAUCAGCGGCGGGGAGAGCGACAGCGACUCGCUUGACAUUAUCGACGACGGGCAGAGCACCUCUCUCGCCUCUGCGCCGGCACCGACGCCCACGUCGCGCAGCCGCGCAGGCAGCGUAGCCAGGAAGGCGCCUCCGCCCCCGCCUAGCAGGCGCGCGUCGGUGAUGUCCCCUCCUCGCCCGCCCGUGCCGCGCAGCAGGAGCUCGACCCUCUCGCGACCGCAGGAGGCGAGCCCGUUCGGCGCCUCGCCAUUCUCUGAUCAGUAG